UAUUUGAUUGUUUUACUCUCUCUGCGUUGUUGUAUUUUCCAAUUGUGAUGUAGAAGUUAACGAUCAGAUGCAUUUUCUAUUUAUUUUACUGAUAAGAACGAAGAGUAUGCAAUUAUUUCUCUCUGUAUGCUCUUUGCAUCGUUGUCGGUGCUCUUGCUAGAUCAGCUACUGUUUGGUUCUUGAUGCUUUAGUUGAUGCGCCUGUAAAAUUGGUCUGCCGAAGGAGUAAUCAGUUGUAGAAUAGGGUAGCUUGUGGAAGUAAGGUUGAGUGGGAGAUGGGACUAGUAGCAAAUCUGAUAUGGAAUUAAAAUUGCUGAUGACGUUGGACCUCUUGUGAUUCACAUUAUUACUUCUGCCACACAGAAAGGGGUUAUGGCAUAUAGCUGGGUAGCAAAUUUUUAUUUUAUGUAUCUUGAAAUUGAUAACUUAUAAAACACAUCUCAUAUUUUUGGUCUUGUACCUGUCAAUUUGGUACACAAUUUGUUCCAACAAAAUUUGCAUGAAAUUUGUAUCGUAGAUUUCUUCAUGCCUAUUUUAUGACGAUAAUACCGAUUACCAAGGGAAACCAAAUUGUCCACCUCAUGGCAUAACACUUUGCAAGGCUUUCCUCCUAUUUGAAAAUUUCUUAUUAUAUAUAUAUAUUUCUUGUUCUGAUUGCUGUAUUGUAAUUAGUUAAAUUCUCAACUCUACCUUCAUGCAGCAGUAGAAUUGAUACAAUCUGGUCCCUAGGAUUUAGGACAAAUUGACAAUCAUUGCAUAAGAGAGUAUGUUGCUAUCCAUGGUCUUCCUUCCUUGUCUCUGUGUCUGGAGACACUAGUUCAGGCUUCAUAUUUGUCCCAUUUGGUUUUGGUUUCCCUUGGUACUAGCUUACUGCAUCAUAUGCUUCUUAAAAAGGAGAAUAUCAACAUGGGUGCUACUACAAGGCCUCGGGAGGAUCAGCUGCAUGGCUUGUGGAGAACUUGACAUUGUCCAACACAACUUAUAUUGGGAUUCAAUUAGUUACUGCCCAGGUCUCAGAUCCAAGUAACUGAAAUUUUCUUUAUUACCGCGAAGUGAUCUGUGGCUCUUCCAACAAAUAUGCUUUCACUAAGAUAAGAUGUCUGGACAACCUGACUAUGUUCGUGAAAGCUCUAGUUCUAGCAGAAGUAGCAAUAUCCAGGAGACUGAAGAUGACAUGACCAUAGGUAGCAUUCUAGCUGAAGCAAAUCAUCAUAAUGGAAGGAAUCUAGGAAAGCGCCUAUCUCAUUUAGACUCUAUUCCGCAUACCCCUCGGGUGAAUGGACAAAUUCCUGAUGUCGAUAAUGCAACAUUGGAUCAUGAAAGGUUAUCAGAAAGAUUGGCCAUGUAUGGUUUAGCUGAAUUACAAAUUGAAGGAGAUGGAAAUUGCCAGUUUCGAGCAGUAGCAGAUCAGCUUUUCCACAAUCCUGAGUAUCAUAGGCAUGUGAGAAAGACAGUUGUAAAGCAGCUUAAACAAUUCAAGAAUUAUUAUGAAAGUUAUGUUCCCAUGGAAUACAAGACAUACUUAAAAAACAUGAAAAGGUCUGGAGAAUGGGGAGAUCACUUAACCUUGCAAGCAGCUGCAGACCGGUUUGGUGCAAAAAUUUGUCUGCUAACAUCCUUCAGAGAUACUUGCUUUAUUGAAAUUAAUCCUAAGGAUCAAUCUCCAACAAGAGAACUAUGGCUGAGCUUUUGGAGUGAAGUACACUACAAUUCCUUGUAUGAAGCUGAUGAUCUUCCAACACGGGCACCAAAAAGAAAGCACUGGCUCUUUUAGAGGAGGGGUUCCAGUAUUAUUUAGCUGCGGAGUUUGAUCUCCUCCUCCUCCCCUCCUCGGUCUCUCUGCCCUAUUGACUUUUUUAGUCUCCAUCCACGUUAAUGUAUUUAAUGGUUUGUGUUACAUUUUGUUGUAUGAUUAUGAUGUGUGUAUGAAAAGUAUAUUAUAAGA